ACUUGUAAUAGAGUUUCUUCCCAAAAGUUUAAAUUUGUCCUUUCCGGGUGAUGAUUGCUACAGCGCAUGCGCAGAAACGAGAGACUAGUAACCUUCUUUUUCUUGUGUGCCUUGAUCAAUGAUGACUUUGUGAGGAUUCUGACCUUUGAUGACUCGGAUAUUCUUACUCAUUACUCCUUCUGCCAGUGCAGAAUGUCAUGAGUCAACUACCUCAACCCUGUCGGACCCCCUGUGAAAGCUGGGGUAUUUCCUGGAGAAGUGGUGCGGAACUCGAGUGAAAUCAACACGUAAACAGAAGCACGCGCAAAACGUGUCUUCGUGAGAGUGAAGUGCCGGCUACACAAGUCGCGAUAUGUUGGUCAGAACUUGUGAAUAGAUCGUGUGUUACUGACCACCGACAAUCAUGACGGUCUCCGAUUCGAGUGCAGAUUUUGCUAUGCAUGACACCGGCCAGGUCGUGCUGGUUAUCGUGGGCUCGUUUGGUGCCGUCAUAGGCCUGGUCCUGGGAACUGUCCUGUGCAGCUGGUGUUUUGGGAAGAAGAAGAAGGUUGAUGAAGAGGAGGAAGUGUUUGGGAAGAAGUUUAAGGAUGAGGAAGCUGGAAAUGUCCCACCUACGGGCAUCCCGAAAGGAGGUACCCCGGGAUCGCCUGCUCUCACCCGGAAAACCAUCAACAAUGGCGUACUCAAUGGAUUUCUCAAAAGAUUUGAGAGACCUGAUCGUAAAAUGGUUGCGGAACAUGUCCAGCCCUCAUCCAACUCCCAAACCGCCCUAAACCAGUCGCUCGGCAUUAACCAAACACCACGAGAGUCCUACCAAACGAUGGGAAUAACCCGGGGCAUGAGCCUGUCCAGCCAGAGUCGGUCGGCCUCGGAGGAGGAGGGGGAGUCGAGUGUGUGGAAAGGUGUGCGGAGCUUCGCCACGAUGCUUAUGGACGACAGCCCACCCGAGGAGAAUGAAGCUCCUCUUGUAGAGGGCGUGGAUUACAAACUAGGAAAGCUACAAUUUGGACUUGGUUAUGAUUUCCAAAACUUGACUUUAACCCUGAAGAUUCUUCGUGCUACGGGUUUGCCUGCCAAAGAUCUCUCUGGUACCAGUGAUCCUUAUGUGAAAAUUAUGUUGCUUCCGGACAAAAAACACAAAUUGCUAACGAAAGUGAAAAAGAAAAACUUGAAUCCUCACUGGAAUGAGUGUUUCUUGUUUGAAGGCUGGCCACACAACAAACUGUUGGAGAAGACGCUGUACCUCCAGGUGAUCGACUAUGACCGCUUCAGCCGUGAUGACCCUAUCGGAGAGACAUAUGUGCCCCUCAACUCCGUGGAUCUGUCCAACGCCACCAUGACGUGGAAGUACCUCCAGCCUUGUAAGGACAGCAGAGGCAAGCUGGGUGAGCUGCUGGUGUCCCUCUGUUACCAGCCAAACAUCGGCCGCCUCACCAUCGUCAUCAUGAAGGCCAGGGACCUGAAGAUCAAGGACAUCACGGGGAGUUCAGAUCCAUAUGUGAAGAUCUGGCUGAUGCAAGGGGGGACAAAGGUGGAGAAGAAGAAGACCAUCAUCAAGAAACGCUCCCUCAACCCUGUAUAUAACGAGUCUUUUAUAUUUGACAUUCCAUGGGAGAAAAUGCGUGAGACGUGUCUGGAAGUGUCUGUGAUGGAUUUCGACAAGGUGGGUCGAAAUGAACUGAUCGGCAAAGUCAUUUUGGGAGCUCACAGCGGUCCGAUGGAGACAAGGCACUGGAAUGAUAUGGUUUCCAAACCUCGCCAGCAGGUGGCGCAGUGGCACCUCCUCAAAGAUUGAUGCAGUGUUCAUCGUCAAGAGGAGAUAAAUCUUGCAGGAGGCUUGGUGACAAAAGGGAGAUCACUCUGAAUGUAAUGCACACAAAGGGAGAUCACUCCAAUCACACUUGUCAAAGGGAGGUGACUCUUGCAGGAUUGAUUUGCCAAAGGAAAUGCAGCAUUGUAGACAUUGGGGGUAACUCCAUGGGGAUUUGAUGCUGGUGGUUCCAAGAUUGUGUGUUUCCUUUGGAAGGCUGAUGGAGAUACCAUACUAGGAUUAAUCACUAGGAAACCAUAGCAGAUUUAGUCAUGUUGGUGUGGCUAUGUACUGUGAAUUGUGUUGAUGAACUGUGAGUACCACCUACCAUUGUGAUAUAGUCCUAGUUGUGCACUUAGUGGAGGGGAGACAACUCUCAUUACCAGCAGCCUUGAACAUGAUUUCACAAUUGGAUCAUCCUAUUUUUGUCCUGUAAGGUCCUCUGUAUUCUGUCCAUGGUGAAGGAUGGGGAAGAGUUGCAUGUCGACAUGCCACCUGGAAUGUGUCAGUGUUGAGCGACAUACUGGUUCAUUGUUACAGUAUGUGUGGAUUUUGUAUGAAACAAAUCAAAUGCUUUACUGGAAGCCCAAUCAAUUGCUAUGGAUCUAUUGAUUAUUACAUUCCAAAAUCGAUUUACCCAGUGGAUACUUACAAUAACAUGACAUUGUAAUUGAUAAAUGCAAAUUUCCUGAGCUCAAUAGCGAGACAACAUUGAAAUGUGGUCAACUGGCAUAUUUCCCUUCAAGCUUUUUAUUAUCUCUUGAUGGAGACCAAGAGGAUGUGGUUUUUGUGGAAGAGUCUGUGUUGAUGUGAAUAUUAUAGGAGAUGCAGGUAUUGUCAUGCGCUGUUAUGCAUCUUCAGAGUUUGGAAAUAUAUUCUUCCCGUGAAGAGGAACGGAAAUCCAAAGACAAACAUUCAACAAUUUUUAUAUUUUGCCCAUGACCUUUUUACAUAUUGUAUUUUAUGUUCUUAUUUUGUUUUAUUAAUGAAGUCUGACCUUGAAACCCAGGUGCAUAUGUUUCACAUCUCACUCUCCCAGGGACAGCCUGUCGAUAACAUUGAAAUACUGUGGUUGUUUUAAACUGUGAAAUCUGUGGCAGGUCAUAUUGAGUUUUACAAAUCCUUUUUUUUUGUGAUUCAAAUUUUUAAAAUCAAUAAUGGAUAAAAACACUAAUCACAGAUACAGAUUCACAGUAUUUUUUAUAUUUUUGAAGAGCAUCACAAAUCCUUAGGGGGCUGUCAGGUAGCCUAGUGGUUAAAGCAUUCGCCCGCCAAGCCGAAGACCCGGGUUCAAUUCCCGAUAUGGGUACAAUGUGUGAAGCCCAUUUCUGAUGUCCCCUACUGCGAUAUUGCUGGAAUAUUGCUAAAAGCAGUGUAAAACCAUACUCACUCACUCACUCACAAAUACUUAGACUGCUACAUCGUCAUACAGGUGUCUUCAACUACCUUUAUGACAUACUAUAAAAAAAUAACUGAUAUAUUCUAAAGCUUCUUGCGAGCACAUGUGGGACAGCAAGCCAAGCACCAAAAAUUGUAUGCAGAGUUGCAUGCCUUAGCUGUGCCAGGAUCUGCUGCUCAUACGAUCAGUUAUCCCUGUUUUAACCUGAUUGUUAUCCUUUCAUUCUAAUUAUCCUGGGUUUCAGGAUAUUUUUGGACUGACAAGCCAAAUAUUUUUCAGAGCAGAAUUUAAACACUCAGUCAAUCGUCUAACUGGUUACAACAGGACAUUGUUAAUCACAUGUUCGUGUAACCAAUGCUAUUCUUAAGGGAGGUGUAAGGAACAUGCACUUCUGGGUUUCAAAGAUGGUAUGAUUGUCUAGUUUGGUCACUGACCGAUUAAUUUUAGCAGUUUGUUUUCCGUCUUCUCUUAUGAUGCCAGUUUUAAUAAUAUUAAUUCUUCUGUAAUUGAAAUAUUGAUUGGAAUGCCUUUUAAAAUAUGUAAAUAACGGCUAAUAUAUUUUUAUCAUUUGUCAUUUAUUGCUACAUAUACAUGUAAUAUUUUCCUAACCAAUGUUUUAAAACUUAACAUUUGUUCAGUUUUUGAAUGAAUUAUUAAUUCACAUGUCAGACUGAUACCAUCUUUUGUGUUGAGUCUCUGUGACCUGACCUUCAUUUUCCUCUUACACAAUAUAUGAAGAACAUCCAUCAUUUCCGUAAGUUGUUGAAAAAUAUUACAAGAAUCCAGGGCCCACUUGCAAGAAACGAUCUUAGCACUAAGACUAUCGUAAGCCUAUGUUAAAGUAUGGGAGUUAAGAUCAUCUUAGCGCUAAGAUCGCUUUGUGCAAGUGGGCCCAGUAUUUCGUGAAAUAAUAUGUACUGGAAACCUUCCAAAAGAUUGAUCUGAUGUUAGGAGUGUGUAAACUGUAUUUUCUGCUUUUAGUAUGCCAAAAUAACUUUAAUGUGUGAUAGCUUAUGAUCAGUACAAGGGCUAUAAAAAGAAUGUGACUUUUAUAUAUAAUUUAUAUGGUGUUUGGGCAUGAUAUUUUUAUUUCAUGUUAUACGGUGUAAAUAGCAAUAUAUUUAGUUCAUAGCUCACUAAUAUAGUAAAUGAUAUUUGUAGUUUGCUAUGUAAUCAUAUAUUAUACAUUAUGAGUGGGUUUGAGGGAAAUAGCAUAUUUACUUUUGUAGUGUAUAAACAAAUAGGGUUUUGAAACAUGACGAUAGCCUGUAGUAUUUGAGUAUAUUUAUUUUGAUGAAAUCAGGGGAAGUUCUUAAAAAACUUGACACUUUUCAGGGGAGGAGGAUGAGAAAUAUUAUUGAAUUUUGAGGGUCACAAUUACAAAUGGGCAGUUACCGUAUUUAAUUUCUGUUUCUAAGUAAAAUUGGAUUUACCACCUUAAAGGAAGGGUUAUGAAGAAUGGAUGUGUCUGCAAAAUCUGGACAUCAUUUGGCGAGGGUAAUACAUUUUAUAAUAAUACAAAUUAUCGUCAAUAGCAAAUAUGGCAGACAUUUCUAUUUGGUUAUUGAUUUAUUAUUAUGACUUUAUUCUUUCAUUUAUGAUUUUCUUGCAAUUUGUUUAGUGGAAUGACAUCAGUGCUUUGCUGAAAUGUGGAAAUAAAUUGUCAUCAUCUUUGAAAUGUUCAAAAGAAUCAGUGAUACAUUAGAAGUGAUAUGACAUUUAGCAAUUUCCUUUCAUGCUUGUCACUGAAUAUUUUGAACAGACCACAUGUUUGUGUGAUAGUCGUAAAGAACAUCAUCCAGACAUUGAAACAUUUUCAAAGUUGAAACUUUCUAUCGGAAAUUCAGGAGAAAGUUUUUAAUCAAACUUUGAGCUAAAAUAACAGAAAUUAUGAAGGAAUGUAAUUUUAUACGCUCAACAAGAUUUUAUACUAAAGAGUAAACCUUAAAUACAUUGUUUGCAAAAAUCUGGGUAGAUUAUGAACUCAUCUUAAAAUGGUAGUUCAUCCCAGCUCAUCAUCCAUCUCUUUGACUCGACUGGGUAGUAUUAGCCAAAUAUGGUCAUACAUGAUUAAUACACUACCUUAGAGAUGGAAAAAUACAUCUGCAGAAAGAAAUUAUGUAACCAGCAUUUUUUGUAAAUUGAGAUAUUUUAAAAACCUAUUUGAAAGGAAUAGAAUUACUUCAUUGGGAAACUUGAUAUGAUUUUUCACUACUCAUUUUUAUUUUUAUCUCCCUAAGAAAUAGCUAAUGAAUUACUAAUAAUCCUGAAUGAUGGCUGACAUAUGUUCUGUAGAGAGUUAAUGAUUGGUGGUUUGUACUGUAACCAUUAGCUGGUGGAAGUCCUCUGCUGUGUUCAUGUGUUAGAUGCAGCAGUGGUUUUAUAUGGUGCAAAAAGUUGAGUGAGCAACUUGAAUUUUUUUCUAAUGAAUGCUUGAAUUUUUGAAGACCAUCCCAAUAUGUACAAAAUACAGGGCCUAGUAGCUGUAUAUAUUGAAAUAAAUAUACAUAUGAUAUAUAUAUUUUGUACAGUAAAUUACUACUGAUCACAUGUACAAAAUAGCCUAGAUAUUUGACUGAUAAUAGCUGUCUCCAAGUGUGUGGCACAUCAUGUUCAGUGUUGCUUGAAAUUAGUUUCACAGGUGAUUGUGACAAAACUGAAAUUUUGUGCAAAAGUGAAAUUGUCUGUGAAAGGAUGUGCACCAUUCUGUCAAGGAGUUUGAAUCGAUGCUUUUCUUUCAAGAUCAAAUUUGAUCAAAUUAAAUUUGGACUCGUCACUGCCAAACAAAUUUGAAGAAUAUCGGUGCAUUUUAUCAUCAGUGAUUGGACGAUAUGAUUCCCAAAUCAUUUAUCAGGCUGUUUCCAGAACAGAGUGGAAUGGUUACCAGGCAGAUGAUCAGAUUACAUUUUUAAUCAAAUCGGGAAGAGCUGCUAACUGCCCUUUCUCCGGCGAUUCGUCAAGGUCACCAUUUUUCAUUUGAUUUCAUAAUUCAGUUAGCAGACACAAUGAUGAUCUGUCCAGUGUCUGAUCCCAUUUACAAAUUGUGAAAUCCCAUCCUUCAAUCAAGCAGAUGUGCUGCCAGUACUGAAGAACUUUCUUUGGAGACAGGAAUUUCGACUUUUCUAAGUAUAUUCCUGUAAGGUUGUUGGUGCAAUCCCCUUUUGUACAGUCACAUCUGGUUUUAUCACCAGGAGAACCAUGACAAUGUUUCAUUAUAUACUGGGACAUUUUCUGCCCUAUUUAUUGACCGGUCAUAUGUCAUUUGACAGGAAUGCAAACUUACUCAAAUGUCAGGUCUGAUGAAUUAAGAACUGACUUCAGUUACUUCAGAAAUGGGGGGCACGGGAGGCCCUGUCGUCUAAGGCGCCGCGAUUCGCUGUGCAGAGUUGCGUCCCUUGGGCACGCCAGAAACCUAUGAUUGUGGGUUCGAAUCCCGAUUUGCCCCAAUUAUGUUUAUCAGCACCAUACCCGUGCUCGUGGGUUUCACCGAAGUGGUAAACGUCUGAGACCUGCAUCACUUCGGGCUUUCCUCCCAUAUUAAGCUGACACGCCGUGAUAUAACUGGAAUACUGUUAAAAGGGGCGUUAAACCCAACUCACUCACUCACUUACUUCAGAAAUGGGAAUUACCUGGAAAUUGUAUUCCCCAAACCCAAACCAAUCAGAUGUCUCCAUUUUUUGGAACUUCCCAACGUUAUUGUUUCCAACAUGGUUUGAUAACUUUGCCUAAUAUAAUAAUAUACAAUUAUAGACUUUUUAUGAGUUCAGUAAAUGUUUUUAUGAAUUUGAAUAAAAGCAAUAUUGACCGUGGACUUCGUAGAUCUGGAUUUUCUGUUUGUAUAAAUUUGUCAUCAAUGAACAAAUCUGCAGAGUUGUGGCCCUUGGCCAUGUUAGGAUAUAGCUGAUAUGCCCUGAUGAUGAUCUCUGCUGAAUCCUAGAUUCUCCUUGGAUGCGAUCUAUGGUCAGCAUCAAGCUUGUGGCUUUCCUCAAAGUGGUAAACAGCUAGGUACAUCGCUAUGAGCUUUUCACCCACAUUGAUCUGACAUGCCAUGAUAUAACUGAAAUACUGUUCAAAGCUCACUUACAGCUGAAAUCACGCUUGAUAACAGUUUGUAGAAAAAUCCAUUUUUGUAUGCCCCACUGUCAAUCUGAAUUAUUCUAUCCAAACUCAAUAAUGUUCUCAUAAUAUUGUUUGAUGUUAAUAUCAUUAUAAGACGUGAUAGGAUGCACUGAAUGAUGCACAUGAACCAUCCUGACUCGAGUGAGUUGUCUGCAUCCCCAGUUCAGUACUGGCUUCAAAACAAAGAGCUAAUUUCAAUAUUCCUAUCAGUUUCAUACGAUCAUUAAGAAGGGCAAAGUUUUGAAUUUCCAAAUUAUUAUUUUUUCUAUCUGUUGAUUCCGGUUUCAGAAAUUAGGCAGAUUGACUGUUAAUGAUGUAACUAUUCACAAAAUUCACAAUAUAAACAUUUAUUUUAUUUUAUUUUUAUUUUUCAGCUAAAUUUUUCCAUAAAUUGAAACAUUGAGAGUGCCUAGUGUGGUAACCUUUCACUUCAUUGACAUAAUUUAAAACAAGAAUGACUUAUUUUGACAAAACGGUGCAUGUUGUUGUGUGGGAUGACCUCUGCCUUGGUGUUUAGGCAGCACAGUAUGUGUAGUAUAGUUCUACCUAGGAUACAGCAGGCAAUAUGCGCACUUGAUGUUCCUUGAUCCGAAGCUACCGACCUAUACUAACCGGUCACACAGCAGUGGCCUAACCAUACAGAAUGCCCAACUGUGCAAAAAUGGAAAUUAGGGAUUCAUAUUCCGAUCUUAAUGUAGCAUAGUGUUGUCUCCUGAUGAGAAAGAUAUACCAGUUUCUGAUGUUUUGUGACCUAACAUGAUGAAAGUGUAUGUAUGUUUAACUAGGACAUCAUCUCCUGCAUGUAACCAUAUGCUUUCCUGUUGCAUGUCAUGACGUCUGUUUGAAUGACUGUCAUCACAAAACCUCAACCAUGUAAACAAGGCUUACCAAUUUUGGUGCUACAACUCUUUGUCUAAAGAAAGGGAUUAUGGACAGUCUUAGCAUUAGAAUAUUGAGAUGGUCUGGCACUUUCCCAAAUAUAUGCCUGAUUGUGUUAACCAAGAAAAUCUAUGUCAAAUGCAGAUUAACAUUGUAAACAUGUUGCUUCGAAAUCUGAGCCUUUUGAAAAACAAACUUCCAAAUCUUCCUAUGUUAAUAAAUUUAUAUCAAUUCAUUCAUAUGUAUUUAAUGUUAUGAACCAUUUUUUUUAAAAAGAUGAGGAUCAUACUAAGUAUUCUUUAAUUAUCUUUUGUAUACGUAGUAUUUUUAUCUUGCUGAUCUGGUGAAUAUAUUUUCAUGAAUAUAAAGCAAUUUAUUACAAGUCUUAAAUUUGUCCAAGCUGUUCGUACCCUGUGAGAUACAUUUCUAUCCAAAUUCAUUCAAUGACAGCAUAUAGCAUAUUGAUAUUUAGAAAGAAGAGGUGAACAGAACACGAUCAAGGGAAGUAACCCCUCACUUCUUACUGUGCAACAGAUGUAAUUUUAAAAAAGUAGGUACUUUUAGGGACGAGUUCAAAAGUUGGAUGUUGGUCUUGAAAUUCAUUUGUAGGCAUUUCUUCUAGACUUUUCAAAGAUCAAAGCUGCCAUUCUGUAUUAUGCUCUACACUAGGACUUACCACUAGUGCCAGCGAUGACAAUACUUGUGGAAAGAGUGGAUAUUGGAUGGGAUUUUCUGCUUAGUUUAGCUCUGACAUAAAACAUAGAGAAAUCAGGUAAGUUGAUUUUAUCUGAUAGAAAACCCCAUCCCUUAAUUUAAGGAAUUAAUAUUUUUAUCUGACAUCAAACUUUUGAACUGGUCUCUUUUAUAUUAAACACAAGAAGAAGCAUUUGACUGUGUUUCAGUCUACCUCUAACUUGUAAAGGCACAGGCACAGGCAGCAGAAUGAAAAUCGUUCGGGAAAAGAAAUUCCGAUUUCAACUUAGUGUUCUUAAAAAUAAAUCAAUUUUGAUUUUUUUUGCUACAAACCAACCCCAGAUUUGAAUUAAUGGUACCCACAGAUUCAUUAUAUAUCUGUGGAUACAAUAGUGUACCCCCACAACACUGUUCUGUGAAAUGAUACCACUCAACUUUUCAGAGGGAUGUCUAGUUCAGGACUGAUUGCUGGCUUGGAGUUUAAUACUGACAUAGAACGAAAUCAUUUUCAGUUUCAUUUCAAGAACAUGACACAUUUUCAUAAGUUUGUUGUCAUCCGAGUUGAAGACGAGUAAGAAGAAUCCCUGUUAAGAGUUGAGUAGUAUACUAGAUGUCCUGUGUGGCACACGAGAAGCGAGGGGUUGUCUCCCCGUCAACCACCAUCACUAUCUGUCUCAGUGUCUAGGUCAUCUGUUACUCAGUGUUCAAUAUUGUUUUGUUGAGAUAACUGUACAUCUGUCUAUGUAACAAAUGAAAAUAAAAUACUAUGUAUUAGAGA